AUGAUUAACACAUCAACUACCGCAGCAACUAUAGCUAAUAACUCAUUUUAGCAUUAGAGCUAAGCUAUGGACCCUAAUCAGUCCUACUCUGAUGACUAAUCGAUGACUAUAGAUUUCAUAGAAAGACUUAGAUAUCAUUAAUUGGAGUAAGCCAGGAAAAUCAUAGAAAAGUAAAAUCAAGAGAAAAUUAAGUUAGUGUAGGUUCUGAAAUAAACAAGAAAUUAGUUAACUGAGGCAAAUUAAAAAGAGCCUGAGGCUAUUAUUGCUCCUGAAAAGUGUGAUGGAGAAACUCAAACAGAGAGCUAAGUUGUCUAGAGAGAAAAUUUAUCAAUAAUUCCUCCACAAUAUAGCUAUAGAUCUCAUGAGUCUGUUGAUAACAUUAGCAAUUCAACUAAAAUUGUGAAGGUUGUGAAUACCCCUACUGAAACAUUGAGACCGUUUAGGAAGUUGAAUAACAUCUUUGAUAAUAUCAAUAACACUGAAACUGAGCUGACAAAGUUGCUAAGAGAGAAAUAGUACAAAUUACAUUUUGAGAGGCAAGCUAAUGAGAUAUUAGGAGGGAGCGACUCUAACAAUAAUUCACCGAAUGAGAUAGACGACUGUACACCCGAAUUCGAUGAAUCGAAAUCUUCUAAUAACAUGAAAGAUGAGACUUCAUUAUAAUUCACAAAUAACUAGUUUACCGAGCAGUGUCCCUCAUUCUUCACUACCUCUAUUUAAAGGAUAUAAUCUGUUUCUACAAGCAAAAAUCUUUAAUCUGAGGAGUAUAAAAGUGGUGAAAGGCUGUAUAAGCUACCAAAUGGUGCUAAUUCAAGAUAGAAUACAAUCAAGAUCGAGCCUUUUCAAGAAUGUUAUUAGUUAACUUUCUAGAGUGGGAGCGACAAAGAGAAUAAGAACUUGCAAGAAUCCUAUCCACUAUAAGUAUCCUAAAAAAGUAAUAGCAAAUAAUUAAACUAAGACAGUCUAAAGCCAAAGUAAAGGAUAUCAGUCCCGCCCUUGCCGAAAGAUCAUCAACUGUUUAUCAACUCUUAAGUUGCCCAAAUAAAGCCGCAGGAGUUAUUCAGAAAUAGGAACGACAAAUAAGUUCUUCAAUAAAAAGCAAAAACUUAUUAGGAUUCCCCUUAACCUCUUAACACUAAUCGCACAAGCACAACUAUUGUUCAUCAAGAGGAGAUUCAUUCCAAUAAAUUUUGGAUUAACUAAAAAGGAAAGUCAAUGAAAAGAGAAAAGUUCCUCUUAGACUAGACUAAGCAAGAUCACUAAUAAAUUAGGGAAUUAGAAUUGAUGAAUCUAAAACUCCAAAAAGAGCUAAAAUAAAAACAGAACAUUUUAGAUGAUCUUCAUAUUUAACAAUAAUGUUAACAGGUAGCUUAAUAAAAAAGAAACUGCAGAAGUUCUCUUGCAACAUUAGCCUAGUCUUAUCAUGAGAUUAAUAUGAAUACCUUUAAUGAUGAAUACUAUUCAUCAAAUAAUAAUCCUUGCAGAUCCUACAUCCAAACUGAUAAGUAAGGAUUAGAUUUGGACGACUCAAGAAGAGUUAGGAAAUACGAAAGUCCAUAAAGAGACAAUUAUGAUUACAGAUAGGCUGAGGAUGAGUCUCACUAAGCUUAGGAUGAUUCAAUGAAAGGAUAAUAUGAAAACUUUAUUUAGGACUUUAGUAUCAAUGAGGAAAAUUUAAGAAGAGAUAGACAAAAUAGAAUUAGAGCCAAAGCAAGCAUUUUAGAUUAAUCGAAACAUCAUGAAAAGAGUAGCAUGGACUAUAAGGAUUUAGAGACUGAUGAGUAUCAAAUGCUAAAUACAUCUCAUUCAAUUCCAGGGGAUGAGGCUACUAUCAACAGAAGACCACAAAUAACGAGUAAUGAUGAGUUUACUAUAAAUAAAUUCAGAUAAGUUAAGCAUUAGGGAAAAUUUAACCAUUAGGAAUCAAAGAAUAAUUUAAAUCUAGGCAAAAAGGAGACAAGUCACAGGCAGGUGUAUAGUUUCGCUUUCCCUUAAAAUGAGGAUUCAUUCAUAGUAAAUACAUCUGUGACGCCCAAGAUAAAUCAGCCAAGAUUCGGAACUCUCUAUAACAAUCAUACACCUUUGAAUAACAAUUAAAUAAUUUCAAGUCAGAGUAGUAAAAAGAAGUUCAAUGUUAACUAGCAAUAUCAAUCAUUUUUAAUUUCUCAAGAAAAGAUGAAUUCAAGCCGUUAAUCUUAGCCGUAGCUACCCAAUUUCUAGCAUCGAAGUUCAUAGCAAAUUUAUCAAAGUCAUUCUAGCUUCAAUAACUAUGUGAAUGCCUAGAAUACUUAAAUGAGUUUCAACAGCAAUCGAGAAAAUUAUAAUCAUAGAAAUAAAAAGAACUCAUAACAGUAAACAACUGGCAACAUCAAUAAAAACGUAAAUGGGCAAAAAAGGAAAAACUAUAACUAUUGCCUUAAUCAGGCAUAGGAAAAAGAGAUAUUAAAUUACAAUAGUUGCGGAGGCAAUAUUAUCAACAAUAACAAUUUAAUUGGAAACAGCAUUUAUAAUACUUCCAGCUCAAAUAAAAAGAAUUAGAACUUUGGAAAGAGAGGGACUAUCUAUAAUAAUCACAUCACUUUCAUCUCCAAAUUUAAUUGA